UAUAAGCAAACGCCGAACCAACAACAGGCCUACAAACAAAUUCUAGAUGAAAUGGUUGAAAAGAGACAGAAAUCAAUGAAGGAUUCUAUAAGACGCAAUUUGGAAUACGAGCGCAAAAUGCACACGAUGGAUGGACCUUGGGGCAAGCCAGGACCAGGUGGGACGAUUUGGAGGAAUCCUCGAGAUAUUGGCUUAAAUUUCUCUAAGUCUAUGGGUUGGACAAAUAAUGAAAUUUUUAAUAAAUUAAGAGGUGAACACAAGCGACAUAAAAGGUCGUCGCUUACUUUACCUAAAGUAAAGACAGUCGACGAUUAUCCCAAUGAAGAUGAAACACCAAAUAAAGAAAAUAUAAAACCAUCUAGCGUUGAAAAACUACCCAACAUACCCGGUAAACAAUUAAAUCCAGGUAAUAACGACUGUACUGAUGAAAAAUUUAAAAGUGGAGACAAUGAACUUAAAUAUACUUCUAACAAAAAUGGCAGACAAAAACGAAACCCCAAUAAGAGUAAAUUCGUAAAAAGGUUAUCUAAUGGAGAAAGAGUGGCGCGUAGAAUUCCUGAUGAUGACGAGGACAACAGAGAAAGUAAUGCCGUAAACAAAAAACUGACGCCAGAGGCUACAAUACUACGUGUGACGGGAGGCAUAGAACUUGUUCCAUUGUUAGCAAGAAGAAGGCGCGUUGGUGCUCGAACUCUGCCUUCGAGCGAUAUCACACGACCUCCAGAGCAGUCAUGCGAAUGGCGGGAACUUAUGGAUGUAGACUAUUUAAGAGAAUUGAAACAUCAAAUGCGUGUAAAAAGUGAAAAACAAGAGGAGAGGCGCCGCGAUUCAGCCGAGAGCGUCCAGCGACACCACGAGACGUGGGCUUCUCUGUGGGGGCGCCCCGGACACGGCGCGCCGCAACAACGCGGACGAUACGCGCGCAGCAACCUCGCACAACUGCUAUAUGUACCACAUCUCACUAACUCAAACAUAUAG